ACACACAGAGACGCCCGACACACACGCAAUCAUUGGGUUUGUUUGACAUUGUAGCCGAUGCAUUUUGGGUAAAGUGUGACUGACUCAUCUACAAAUAAUAAUGAGCAGUUAUUUAUGAUAGUGAUUUGUACAUCAGCGACAUCAAACCAGCGCUUGAUUUUUAGUUGGCUGUUUGUACACAUGAGUGAGGCUCCUCCCAUCUUCUUCCAGCCAUUACGAUUGGUCGCCUGGGCUACGUGUGUCCUCAGGAGGUGGCUCCGAUGCUCCAGCAGUUCAUCAGGCCGUGGUGUACGUCCCUAAGGAACAUCCGUGACAACGAGGAGAAAGACUCCGCCUUCAGAGGGAUCUGCAUGAUGAUUGGUGUAAACCCUGGGGGAGUGGUCCAGGACUUUAUCUUCUUCUGUGAUGCCGUGGCGUCCUGGGUCAGCCCUAAAGACGACCUGAGAGACAUGUUCUACAAGAUCCUCCAUGGUUUUAAGGACCAGGUAGGAGAGGAGAACUGGCAGCAGUUCUCAGAACAGUUUCCUCCCCAGCUGAAGGAGAGACUGUCUGCCUGCUACGGCGUGUAGAAACCCCCCCCUAACCUAACGUCAGGUGAGCCAGUAGUAGAGGAGGAAGGUGAAAAGGAAUCUCAUCCAUCUGUGUUAAUGCCCUGAACUGAUCUGGGGGGAGGGGGAGAGGGACCCAUCACGCCAUUGGCCGCUCCCCCUGACGGACGGCCCCCACGCCCUAUGUAUUUCUCCAUAGCGGGAGGGUGGGAGGGACAGGGGGACACCUCUAGAUUAAAGAUUAAGGGGACCCAACCAACACAGAGAAACCAACUAAGGUAGGGACAGAUAGAGGGGUUACCUACAUUCAGAAGGAAAAGGUUCCAACACAGAAACAGGUAGGGACAGAUAGAGAAUGGAGAGUGAGGGAAAGAGAGGGGUAGGUAGGGGCCAGCUAGACUGCAGUAGAGAGAGGUAGGUAGGG